GAGACAAAACUAUCAAAACUAAAACUGUUGUGGUCUGAAUCGAUAAACAAAAACCAAGAGGAAAACCAUAACCAAAGUGUUCCUAAAACCCUAAAAGAAACUGGAAACCCUAAGAUCUCCGUCACUCGCCUCUCUUUCAGGUUUACUGUAGAAUUCUUUGUUUUUGCGCAUUCAACAAUGGCUGCCAACAACAAUACGCCGACUGCAUUAGACAAGGAACAGAUCUUUGGAAUGGCAGAGAAGGAGAUGGAGUACAGGGUUGAAUUGUUUAACAAACUUACCCAGACAUGUUUUGCCAAGUGUGUUGAGAAAAGGUACAAAGAGUCUGAGUUAAACAUGGGUGAAACCAGUUGCAUCGAUCGCUGUGUUUCAAAAUAUUGGCAGGUGACAAAUCUCGUAGGGCAGCUGCUUGGUUCUGGCAGGCCACCGAUGUGAAUCGUUGCUUUCAUUAUUCAAGUAAAGUUGGACCACAUUUUAUCAUAGUUUUGCAGAUUUUAGUUUUUAUCAUUCAUAAAUAAAUCAUUUUGUAUCUCAAUCAAAUUGUGGGCAUCACCCGGGAAUGAUUUGGUGCUAAAGUUAUGCGCUUUUCUCUUAUAUCCAAGAAUUUUUGAAUUAUUUGAUUUGAA